CCCUCUUUCGUAAUAUUAGCUUUCAAAAACUAGGAAAUUAAAAACAUACAUACAUAUAUACACAACUAGUAGUAGUGCAAUAUAAUAACCAAGCUUUUUGAGGAAUUAAGGUUUAUAUAUAUACACACACUUUGAUAGUGUUGUGUGUGUUUCAUCACCAUGCACAAAACCGGCCGUCUAAAUGAUAUCCUCGGCGGCGGAGCCACCAAGUUGGAAUAUGUGGAGAUGGAUCCAUCGGAACGCUAUGGACGUUUCAGGGACAUCCUGGGUAAAGGAGCAAUAAAGACAGUUUACAGAGCAUUUGAUGAAGUCCUAGGAAUGGAGGUUGCCUGGAACCAGAUCAAGCUGAACAAUGUUUUCCGGUCGCCGGAAGAGCUGCAGAGGCUAUACUCCGAAGUCCUCCUCCUCAAGGACCUUGAUCACAGCUCCAUAAUGCGAUUCCAUGCAUCCUGGAUCGACACCGAUCGCCGGACUUUCAACUUCAUCACCGAGUUGUUCACUUCCGGCACGCUCAGAGAGUACAGGCAGAGGUACACGACAGUGAACAUUCGAGCAAUCAAGAACUGGGUGCGCCAAAUCCUUGAAGGUCUUGCGUAUUUGCACAGCCAUGAUCCCCCAGUAAUCCACCGCGAUCUCAAGUGUGAUAACAUUUUUGUGAAUGGGCAUCUCGGCCAAGUCAAGAUCGGCGAUUUGGGCUUAGCAGCCAUGCUCCGUGGAUCCCAUGCCCAUAGUGUCAUAGGUACACCUGAAUUCAUGGCACCGGAGUUGUACGAGGAGGAGUACGAUGAGCUGGUUGACAUAUACUCCUUUGGCAUGUGUGUAUUGGAGAUGCUCACUUCUGAAUAUCCAUACAGCGAGUGCACCAAUCCGGCUCAAAUAUACAAGAAAGUCACAUCUGGAAAGCUCCCUGCUGCAUUUUAUCGGAUUGACAAUGCUGAGGCUCAAAGAUUCGUGGGAAGAUGCUUGGAGCCUGCUUCCAAACGCCCAUCCGCUCACGAGUUGCUGCUGGAUCCAUUUCUUGCUGCUGAUGAAGAAGAAGAUGAAUCUGCGAAACUCCCAUCCCAGAAAUUGAUUCCCAAUGGAAAAUUGCUUGAAGUUGAACCAUGUUUUGUUGACCAACAAGCUAAAAGCUCAGAUAUGACCAUCACUGGGACAUUGAAUCCUGAAGAUGAUACCAUCUUCCUCAGAGUACAAAUCUCUGAUAAGGAUGGGAAAGCUAGGAACAUAUUUUUCCCUUUUGAUAUCACUAGUGACACUGCAAUGGAGGUGGCCACGGAAAUGGUGAAGGAAUUGGAGAUAACAGAUUGGAUGCCUCUGGAUAUUGCAGAGAUGAUUGAUGAGGAGAUUUCUGCAUUAGUCCCAACCUGGAGAUCAACUCAAUAUCAGAAACAGCAUAGCUUCAACUACAUUGAUGAUGAUGAUGACGACAACAACGUAGGAAUUAGCACUACUCGCCACCCCUUUUAUUCCCUCUCCUCGCAGUCAUCUUCCCAGGCCUCUCUCCCAGACCUCCUUGAAAAAAUAAACCAUGAUUGGCUUCAAAAUGAUGAUACGAGUUCGCGAAGCUCAAUGAACUCGUACGACUGCUCGAACUUGUGUUGGGCUACCGAAAGCGAAGGUGAUUUGAGCUCCAUUGGGGGUAGGGAAUCUUUGUUGAUUCAAAAGACAAACACGGGUACGAGGUUGUGCCCAGAAACAAGCAGGAGCAAUAAGAAGAAGGGUUGUUGUGGGUCGAAUCAUCAGCGGCCAAAGAUGAGUAGAGUUCGGUCGAUGGUGGAUCUUCGUAGCCAACUGUUGCACCGGACACUGGUGGAGGAGGUUAAUAAACGGCGGCUGUUCAAGACGGUUGGCGCCGUCGAGAAUAUUGGGUACCAUGAACCGGCUGAAUAUUCCUGCAAGGGGAAUCGUUCGUUUCAACCGUUUGGCCGAUGAAGUUCUUUCUCACUUAGUGAAAAAUCUUUGAAGUUCAGUGACAUAUUUAACGCUUAAUAAGAGAUUUCGGGUUCAAAUCUUCUUGUAAAAAGGAGUUCUUCACCGCAUCAUAGCAAGUGAGUAAGUCCCCAGCAGCCUUACAAAAUGGAUUUUUUUUUUGGUGAGACCUGCGACGACUAUUUAAUCCUUCUGAAUCUUGUUCCUCCUGCAUCAGUGUGGAGAAUUUCGCUCAUCCCUUCGGGUGAGUCUUCUAAGACCUUAGUUCAAUAAUGCAGACUCUAUAGUCUUCUUAUGUACAUUAUAAGAUUUGUACCAAAAACAUGUACAAUGCAGAAUGUUGUGUCUUGUGA